AUGAUAUACAUACCACCACACUCGCCACUCCCGGGCACUCACCCGUCCGUCCCCGGGUUUCUUCGCCCAUACCCGACGGCCAUCAUCAACUACCGAUGGUCCGCCCCGGACUCCACUCCCCCGGACGCAUCGGGGGAGCCCAGCUUCACCACGCCCCUGCAGUGGCCGACGCCCAUCCACGACAUCCUGGCCGGCUACACCUGGAUCACCGAAAACCUCCGUCCGGAGAGCACCUCCCGCCGGGACCUCUACGUCUACAGCUCCCACGCUGGCGCCAGCCUCGCCGCCUCCCUCGCCCUGACCGAGUCUCACCACCACGAACGCGUGGCCGUCCGCGGUCUGGUCGCCUGGAACGGCAUCUACAACUGGUCCAUGUUCCUCCCAGACCACCGCAUCAACAAGCCCGCAACCCCGCGCGGCCGCAAGCUCCCCUCGCGGCCGAAGGAGGGCUCGGCGUUGCACGCCCUGCAGAUGGAGAUGACCGAUCUGUUCAGGAAACCCGCGGACCUGUUUGACAAUUUUGCGAGCCCGAGUCUCUUCUUCCAGACCUCGGGGAUGCUUCCGCCGUCUACAUUCACGCAGGCAGCCGUGAUGACGGAGAUGUUGAAUCGCAUGUCGUCUUUGACGUCUGGCGGGAGUGUCAGUGAUCUUCUGGCCGCGACAGGCAGUGCGUUCACGGCACCGAGGCGGAGCGCGCUCAUGUUUCCCCCAAGAAAGUCCACGCUGAAGCUGCCGGCGUCGUUGUUGCUCCACGAUAGCCCGCCUUUGCAGACAACGAAGAGGGGGAAGCGCAGGGCCGCGGGGCACACGUUCGAAGCCCAGGCGUCGGAGUUGGCCUCGCUGAUGAGGAAAAGCUUGGAAAAGUUGGAGUUCAAGUCGCGAUUGCAGUGGGAUGAGGACUUUGACGCCGAGACUGAAGCAGAACGGCGGGUCAAGCUGGUGGACGUCGGGGACAACGAGUACUUGCAGCUGGGGGAGCGUGGUCAAGAAGUCAUCACAAGAUGGCUGGAGGACAGAUUCGAAUCGUGA